GACAAUGAACAAUUAAAUAAUCUACAAUCUUGAGACACCAAUGGCUGGGCUACCAUGUAAGCUUGUGGCGCAGGUAGCGUUUAAGGCCGGAGGCGAUGUGUUUCAUCAUCUAAUGUCGAAGAAUCCAAAACACUUCGCCAAAGUCUGCCCUUCCAACAUCCAAGCUUGCGAGCUCCACCAAGGAGAGUUCGGAACUUGUGGCUCUGUUAUUCAAUGGAAAUACGUCCUUGAUGGGAAAGAGCAAAGAUCAAAACAAGUUAUAGAAGUAGAUGAUGAGAAGAAACAAGUAAUAUUCAAAGUGAUUGAAGGAGAUGUUUUGGAGCUUUACAAGAACAUGGUGAUAAGCUAUCAUGUUGAGACCAAAGGAGGCAUAGAUUUCGUAAUUCGGACUAUAGAGUAUGAGCUGCUUAAACCAGAUAAUCCACAUCCAGUGGGGCUCUUGAAUUUAGGUCUUGAAUUAUCUAAAGAAGUGGAAACUCAUAUUUUUGGAUAAAGUAAUAUCACCAAGUUAAUCAAUGUAAAGUGAAAGGAACAUCUUUUAAUAUGUGAUGCUAAAAUAAUACUAUGUGUGUGUGUAGUGAAUAAAGCAUUGGUGAAUGAAAUAAUGAGUGUUCUUGAGCUUUUUAUUGUUCA